CUUUCACCUCUUCCAACCUUCAAGCUUUUUCAAAACAGGGAGAGGAAACUACACAUGGCCGGCCGGUGGCCACGCUCGAACCCAAGCCAACCAAUCCAACGCCCACCCAUCGAUCAGACCGGAUUUCCCGCCUAAAUUGAGGCCGGGCCAUCUCGCCCAAAGUGUGUAGUAUUUGACUGAGCCUGCGUUCCAGGGUCAACGAAUUCGCUCGUGAGAUAGUCGUUUGGCCUUUUGAAACUUCUCGACUUUCGAAGGGAUCGAGCCCAUCCACGUCGUCAUCCACGUCAUCCACCCACCCACCCACCACGUAUCAUCCUUAGGUCAGCGAUAUGCUUAUGAGACAGUGGACCCGACCCGCGGCCCUCUCUGCCCGCUCUGUCCACUCUGUCCACUCCCCUCGCUCGACUGGCUGGCUCCAAACUGGCCCCCGAGCUCGGGCCCGGUACUUAAGCACCGGGGCCAUCCCCCAUUUCCCCCGGGGGGUGGCCGUUCACGGUCGUUCCACCCCUCAAUCCGAGCUCCACCCAUCAUCCGAUUUAACCGCUCAAUGGCGCGUCUAUGUGAAUGGCCCGUCCAGCCCCCGGGUCGGACCAGCUACCGGGGCCGCCCCCCAGUCGCCCUCCGGCCCGCUGGCCUCGUUAGAGCGUGCCUGGACCACAGAUUUUGGCUCCAUUCGUUUGGAUUCGGCCAAUCAACCCCAAUGUCACGGCCAGCAAGACCGCUUUGAAUCGGUGCCCAACCACCCCACCCAGCCCCCGCCUGCGUCCCCGUCCACUGGGGGGGUCGUCCAGCUGCUCCGACCGCUGGCCGACCCCGCCCCGGAUCGAGAUUUCUGGUUCGAAAAUGACGAUUCCCUCACCCGACCCGAUGUGGGCCGGACUUGGCUUUCUCGGACCCACUCUUCGGAUGCCCCUUCGCCAUCAAUCGGCGUAUCGGCUCGAGCCACGCCGGGUCAGCUUUCGCCCCUGGCCUCCGCCCCCAUGGACCCCCCACCCACCCCCGUCACCUCGACCGUCUUACCGGGGUUAGGCUGGGAACCUCACUCCCCGCCCGCGUCAUCCGCCGCGCCCGGGUCCGUCCAUAGUAUUGAUGAGCAGUACUUCACCCCCGUAGCCACAAGUGUACCAACCCCUGCGGCGCCGCUGAGCCCGAUGCCGUUGGGACCGGAGAUCGAACGCGUGACUGAUCUCAAUCCCGUAGACGAGCAAUAUUUUAGGGCCGCGCCCAUGGUCGAUACGACCGUGUCGACUGAUGAAUCCGAUACUCGAGCCAUGCGACAGCUGGUUCAUGACGCCACCCAAGAUCUGAGUUGGGUGGACCAACAACUCUUUUCCGACCCAGCCUCGCCCUCGGUUCCUGAAAAACCCCGGGCCACCCUGGCUCGGCCAUCCCCAAGGGCCCCAAAAGCGUCGCCCAAAAGCACGGCGCUGGCCUUUGUCGAGGCCUUGCGAAAACAUCCGGAGCAACUUGAAUCGGGCCCUCAAGCAGGGGAUCGAUUAUGGAACGAUUCGUUAAUGAAGCGUCUGUCCAGUGCGGCCCAAGUCAAAGACGCGAGUGAGGCCAUGGCCGUCAUAACCCAAGAUGACGCUACUCAAGAGCCUCCCUCCCCGAAAUUGGGCUCCAAACUUAACGACCGAUUCAAGCCCCCCGAUCUGGAAGUCCUGGGCUCUUUAGAUAUCAUUGAAAAACUCAAACAUAGCAUCAUCUUCGACAACCAUGAUAUCGUGGCCAUUAACAAACCCUACGGUCUGGAAAUGUACCAUAAAGGUAGCUCGUCAUUUCACGCACUGGAUAAGUAUCUUCCCGAUCUGGCUAAACACUUUGACGUUCCCGAAUUACUCGUGGUGCAUCGUCUGGACAAGAAAACGACCGGGGUGUUGCUUCUGGCCAAGUCCAAAUUGAUGCAAUCCACGCUGACGGACUUGUUUCGGCAACGCAAGAUAGACAAACGCUAUUGGGCCAUAGCUAAAGGUAUGGCCGAACCCUCCGAGGGCAUCAUCAAUAUCCCUCUCGGCGAGGCUUGCCUGGAUAAGCGCUUCCGGAUGACAGUACGGCCUUUGUACUCAAAUUCUGAUAUAAUGACCGGCCUGAAGAAUCCCAAAGGUCAAGUUCUUCCCGCCGUCACGGAGUAUCGAGUUCUCUCGUUGAAACAUCGAAUGCAACUCAUUGAAGCCAAACCAAUCACGGGCUUUCGACAUCAAAUUCGGGCUCACCUGAGCUUGGGCAUAAAGUGCCCGAUCUUGGGAGAUCACGUCUAUGAUAAAGUUGAUUCCGUGGGUAAACCGCAACGACUCCCGCCCUACGCAUUGGAAAAACUUGGAAUCCGUGCUAGUGCAGCACGGCAUAUGCCAUUGUGUCUUCAUGCCAAACACAUUCAAAUCCCUGAGAUCGUUUCCAAUAAGAAUGUAUGGGUAGAUGCGGCACUUCCCCAUCAUUUCAAUCGCAUUAUGAACAAACUGAAUCUAAAGCCGUCUCGACACGUGAAAAUAUAGGCGGAACUUAGUCAUGGAAAUAUUAAAGGAACUUAUUACUAAA